AUGAGCCGCUCCCGCCACCUUCCCCGCUCGCCGGCGGCGGCGCCGCUGGACGACGAAGACCUGCUGUCGGAGAUCCUCCUCCGCCUCCCCCCUCAGCCCUCCUCCCUCCCGCGCACCUCGCUCGUCUGUAAGCGUUGGCGCUGCCUCGUCUCCGACCCCCGAUUCCUCCGCCGCUUCCGCCGCCAUCACCGCCGCAACCCUCCCCUCCUUGGCUUCUUCUUUGAGGAACUGACCCCUCCCCGCGGGAUCUCCUUCGUGCCAACUCUGGAGCCCCCAAACCGUGUCCCCGUCGGGCGCUUCUCUCUGCAGUUCGACGACGGCGACAGCUACAGGCUCCUCAACUGCCGCCAUGGCCUCGUGCUUCAGGCUGCAAGUGGAGAUGGAAUUAAGUGGGACUAA